AAAACUGAACAUUACGUGAUUAAAGACUUUUCCUGUUUUUUUUUUUUAAGAACUCAACGGACUAAAGGCAUUUUUGGGUUCCUGCUGCAUGAACCAUGACUGUGCUCAUGUGUUCACUGGUUAGACUGGCUGUGUGAAAACUCYUCACAAGUGCAGAUUCAGACCUGAGUGAAAAACAGCUGUGCCAACAAAAUGCAGAAGCAAGUGGAGGUCAGGAUGAGCGAGGGCCACAUAGACCCCAUCAUGGAGACUCCUGAGAAUCCAUGUAGCACUUUCUGUGAAAAGAUAAUGAAGAACAUGGUUCUCACUCUUACAAUCCUUGGUUUGAUUGGAUUUUUUGUGGCUUUUGGAGUCAUUAUGGGGAAAAUGGGAGAGAAGGCCAAGCUAAUGUUGGAUUUUUUCAACGUGCUCAAUGAGAUCAUUAUGAAGCUUGUGAGUGCAAUUAUGUGGUAUUCUCCUCUUGGUAUCGCCUGCCUUAUCUGUGGAAAGAUCAUCUCUAUUGCUGACUUGGAGAUGGUAGCGAAGCAGCUGGGGUUGUACAUGGUGACUGUGAUAGUGGGCCUCAUCAUUCACGGAGGCAUUUUCCUUCCAUUCAUCUAUUUUGUGAUAGUGAGGAAAAAUCCUUUCACGUUCUUUAUGGGGAUAUUCCAGGCUUGGGUCACAGCACUUGGAACAGCAUCCAGUGCCGGCACAUUGCCUGUCACAUUUCGUUGCUUAGAGGACAACCUGGGCAUUGACAGAAGAGUCACACGCUUCGUCCUUCCUGUGGGGGCCACCAUCAACAUGGAUGGGACAGCUCUCUAUGAGGCUGUGGCUGCCAUCUUCAUAGCUCAGAUGAAUGGGAUUGUGCUCGACUGGGGCCAGAUAGUUACUGUCAGUAUGACAGCCACCUUGGCCAGUGUUGGAGCAGCCAGUAUCCCCAGUGCAGGACUUGUGACCAUGCUUCUGAUCCUCACAGCAGUGGGGCUGCCCACUCAGGACAUCAGCCUCUUGGUUGCUGUGGACUGGCUACUCGAUCGUUUCCGUACCUCGGUUAAUGUGGUCGGGGACUCCUAUGGAGCAGGAAUCGUCUACCAUCUUUCCAAAGACGAGCUUGACACGUUUGACGCUCAGCAGAACCGGAUGGAUGACAUUGAGAUGGCAAAGACACAGUCCUACUUUGAAAACAAUACCAAUCAGAAUGUAUAUGCUCACCACAACUCAAUCUUGAUAGACGACUGCAAGGUUACAAAUGGCACCACUCAGGACUUUUCCCAUGUUGAUGAAGAACCAUGGAACUUCAGGUAAAGCAGAUUUGGCACCUCCCCCCAGAGUUUCACCAACGUUAUCCUUCUGAGACCACAGCUAACAGAAAAUGAACGCCAACAAGGAAAACAUUCAUUUACGUAAACACCAAAGGGGUGAUCUCUACAGGAAGAGGCAACUGUCAGCAGGUUUUUGAAAGAAGUCAGUUACCCUUCUGGAGGACAUCUUGUAUUAGCACAUUGAAGCGGAUCAUACAUCGGCAUAAACACAAGAAAACGUGUGCAUUUUAUGCAUGACUGCAGAUGAAUUAAACAACUGACUUUACCCAGGGUCUUACUUGUGGCUUCUACAUUUUUUUCCCCUUUCAUUAAGRAUUUUUUUUUCUUAUUCUGUUCAGCAACAACUUGUUUUUCUUUUUGUAUUGAAUAUCUUUAUGGCUUGAGGAUAAAAGAAACAAUAAAGAUGAAGGAAAUGUGACUCUCUCCCAGUGAAGAUCGAAACAAGGACGAACAGUAYGAAAAAGUAACAAGUUGAAGUCACUGGGAGUCUAACAGGCUGCUUUACUAAAUGACUGUUUGAUUUAUAGGAUUAUACCUGACUGUCACACAUGGUCAAGCCUAAGAAGCAAAGCUUAGGACUUAAGAGAGGGAGUGGCUUCUAAAAGUGGCAACAAACAGUACAGAAUGUGUUGAAGACAACAAAGCUAAACUGGAGUGCAAUAAGGAUGUCCUUUCAGUACCUGUACAUAUUUAUUUAUAUAUAUGCUUGUGUGUUCUGGAAAUGCUUUGUAAUCAUUGUGUUAGUGUUCCUGGGAGGAAAAGAGCAAGUCAGUUUUUAUUUCAAACUGUUUUUUUUUUUUUUUUUUUGCAUUUAUUCGUGACAAUCUUGCCUUGACUGACCUGCAGAGUGUGGCCACCAAGAUGAUUUAAACACGUCCUGGACUUCAUCAUUUCUCUAGAAUGUUUAGGUUGAAAUUCUAAUGAAGGGAAAUAAAUCAACCCCACUUUUAAACUUGUCAAGUGAGGAUGGCUGGGCCUUUUCACACAUGAUAGUAUUUGGGGUUUUUGCAGAGUUUUUACUGCAUAUUUGCAUAUAAAUAACAAGCUGAUAAUUGCACUUAGAGUUAAUUAGCAAUGGUCAGGUCUGUUUAACAAGUGCACACUAAAGUCUGCCUCCAGCACUUGCAUAAAUCUGACACUGUAACAACAAGGUCACUGAAUGUAGUUUUUACAUAUUUUGAGUGUUAGUGUAGGAACUACAGCUAGCUGAAAACUGGAUUAUUUAUUUAUCAUUUAUUUAUAUAAGCAGCAGCUUAUAUAACCACGUUUAAAGUGCCUGCUUGCACUUUGUGUAUAUAUUCACUUUAGAUGAACAAAUUAAAUGUAUAGCGUUGGCAUUUUUGUCAUGACUUUUUUUUGCAAUGGUGAAUAUUUCUGUAAAAAUGUGUUUAUAUUUACAGUGUUCAGCAAUAUUAGAGACAUUUGUUUAUUUAUCAAAAAAAUCUAUGUAUGGUCUGAUAGAGGUAUGAUUAGUUUAUGAAAAAGUUGCAGUUUUUUGUAAAAUAACACAUUGAAAAUCAAAUAGUUUCCUAAGAAAUAAAAUGCAUUUCUUAAUUUUCUUAAUAUUUUCAAUGACUGUUGUGACUGACGGCUUGAAGAUUUGAUUAUUUAAAGGUUUAGAGAGGGUAAAAGAAGAUGGUCAACAUGUUUAAGGACUUUGUUGCUGGCAACUAAAGUAUGUCUACAUAAUAUGAGGAAUCAACAAGCCAUUCAGUUUGUGUGGCACGGUCAUUUGAAAAAAAAAUAAGACUGAAAAUAAAUCUGAGCACACGAUAAUUUACAGUAAAUACGCACUUACAGAAAACGCUCUUCACUUUUGAGAUGUGCGUGUUAAUUAUAUGUUUCAAAAUGUCACGAGAACAUGUGCAARGCAUUUUGUUUGUCGCGUGGCACUUUUAUUUUUCCUUUUUUUAAUUUAUUUGUUUAUUCUGUAAGGGGAUUCGCAAAAACGCAUCACUUUCUCACAGCAACAGCUGAAUUUGUAAAACUUUCUUAGUCAUCCUCUCUCAUUUCAUUGUUUUCUACCAAUUGAUACGUUUUCUUUAUCUUUCAACUUUCAUUUCUAUCCUUGUCCAUUUUAGACCUAAAAGGUAUUAUUGUCUGUCAUUCUUUGCGAUGCUGAACUGUGUCGACUGAGACUAAAUGCAAACAGAACUCGAAAGAAUGGGUUUCAUGGUCCAGUGCUUGUCUUUCACAAGUACAGAAGCAUUUGCUUGAGAAAAUGGACACAAAGUGUGUAAAUGUUUUAACACUUGAGUGUAAAUACUUAAUGAAAGACAAAUAAAUGUUUAUUGAUGAGGUGCCGUCGUGUUUGUUUCCCGCAAAACGUGGGACGUAUAAGCGAAGGUGAGUGUUUUUUACAGCAUUCCAAGCGCUGUGUGGGUGUCAAGAGGAGCAAUUAAGAUGCAGGUUCAGCUCUGAGCUUACAUAACGAAGGCAGGAGAGCAACCAGGCAGCUUCAUAUAAGUUACAAUCCACAAAAAUAGUUUUUUUAAUAAAAUUACAMUGAAGAUCACAAUACCAUUGGAAGAAAAAAAAA